AUGCUGUACACUCAUGCCACUGUUGUGACCGUGGAUACUUCACGCCGUAUAAUUAUCGACGGAGCAAUCCGCGUAGUCGGCGAUGUUAUUGAUGAUAUUGGCAAGACAGAUAUACUCAAGGGAAAGUAUGCAGCCGAUGAAGAGUACGAUCUCUCAGGUCGGAUUAUCAUUCCAGGGUUGAUCUCGACCCACAUGCACACGGCCCAGACCUUACUGCGAGGUACGGCUGACGACCUUGAGUUGGUGUCAUGGUUAUGCGAGAGAAUCUGGGUUCUCCAGGGUAACUUUACAGCGGAGGAUGGGUACGCUGCGGCACGACUGAGUAUCGGAGAGAUGCUUAAAUCGGGAACAACCUGCUUUUUGGAGAGCAUGUUUGCGGAUCGAUAUGGCUUUGACGGGCUAUGUCGCGCUGUUGAGGAGAGUGGCAUCCGUGGCUGUCUAGGUAAGAUUGUCAUGGACAUUGCAAAAUACGCGAAAGACGACGCAUGGGCCAUGCACCCUGGCCUCGUUGAGGACCGUGAAGACCUCAUUACUUGGGACCUUGAAGAUGUGGGAGAAGUGGAAUGUGUAUCGGACGCGCUUUAUAAGGAGAUGACGGCCAUUUCCAAAGACAAGGGCAUACCCAUUACCAUGCAUUGCGCUGAGGUCAAGGCCGAUCGAGAUUUUUUUCGCUUCGGUCUCGCACACCCCGAUGUCAUAUUACUUCUUUCUUCUUCGGGAACGCAUGUCGCACACUGCCCAACAUCUAAUGCAAAGCUUGCGUCCGGAAUCUGCAGGGUGCCAGAUCUCCAAAAUGCUGGAGUCAAUAUUGGCCUAGGUACCGAUGGCGCCCCGUGUAACAAUACAUGUGAUCUCUUGCAGGAGAUGAAACUCGCCGCUAUUAUUCACAAGGGGAUCUCGCAGGACCCCACGGCAGUUCCAGCCGAAAACGUGCUGGAGAUGGCUACAAUAAAUGGGGCGAAGGCACUGGGUUUGGAUAAGCAGAUCGGCAGUCUGGAAAUUGGUAAGAAGGCUGACUUUGUGGCUAUCGAUGUUCGAGGAAUCCAUACCCAGCCUUGGUUUAACCCAGUCAGUGCUGUUGUUUAUACCGCAACUGGGCGAGAUGUCGAUGUUGUUGUGGUGAAUGGGAAAGUUGUGGUCAGGCAUGGAGCGCUCAUGACGAUGGAUGAAGUAGAAAUUGUACAGGAAGCACAAAGAAGAAGCAAAGAGGUGGUGGAAAGAGCCGGACUGGGCAAGAAAGUUCAGGCCCGCUGGCCAGUGGAGUGA